AUGUCUAAAUACAUUUAUCGACCUCUCGACAAGCCAGAUGCAGAGUUCCGGCUACUUCGAAUCAGAAAAGACCCUCUCACCGAUCAACCGCAAUGUAGCCUACAGAAGUACAGCCUCGAAACCUGUCCGGACUAUACCGCUCUUUCAUACACCUGGGGUGACUCGACGCCAACUCACAAUGUUGCAGUCGACGGAGCGGAUGUGCAAAUACGCCAAAAUCUCUCCGACUUCCUACAUGCUUAUACUACUGAGUCAUGGGGCAUGGCCGACAUCGAAAGACCAGUAUUCUAUUGGAUCGAUCAGAUAUGCAUCGACCAGGAGGACCCGAUUGAGCGCAGCGAACAAGUCCGUAUCAUGAACAAGAUCUACAAGCAGGCGAAGACGGUGCUCAUAUGGUUAGGGUGCGACCCUGAAAUGAUUGAGGCUGCACGUCGGCGGCGAGACGAGGAAGAUGACGACGCAGUGACUGCCAUGAUCCUCGCGACAAAGUUUACGGGUUGUUAG